AUGGCUCUUUCAUAUAGUAUUAUCUUCGCUGCACUCGCCUUCACUGCUGUUGUUAUUGCUGGUCCAGGAGGACGUCAUGGACAUGGAGGCGGUGGAUACGGAGGACCACAACUUCCACCAUUCCUGCAGAAUGUUACUGCUCAAGGAAGACAAGCUUUCAUGGCUAUUGUAACCAACACGAGCUUGACAAUCGCGGAAACUGAAACACAAGUUGACGCCUGGGCAGCUACUUAUGGAGUUACGACUCAAGUGAACGACUUCAAAACUCAAGUGGAAACGAAGCUCAAUGAAAUCAAGGCUAAUGUAACUGCAGUCGUUAACAACUUGCCAACUGUUCAAACUCAACUUGAGGCUAUUUUCAACAACAAAUCUCAGACAAUCAUCCAACAAUUCCAAGCUAUCGGACAACUCGCGCAACAGUAUCCAGAAGAAGUUUCUGUUCUUUUCUUCCUUGUUAAGCCAAAGGGAGGAUUCGGACAACAAGGACCAUUCGGAGGAUUCCCAGGAAACAAUGGAGGAUUCCCUGGAGAUAACCAAGGAGGGUUCCCAGGAAACCAAGGAGGAAACAAUGGAGGAUUCCCUGGAAACAACGGAGGAUUCCCUGGAAACAAUGGAGGAUUCCCAGGUGGAAACAACGGAGGAUUUCCAGGAAACCAAGGCGGAAAUCAGGGUGGAUUCCCAGGUGGUAACCAAGGAGGAUUCCCAGGAAACAACGGAGGAUUCCAAGGAGGAAACCAGGGAGGAAACCAAGGAGGAUUCCCAGGUGGCAACCAAGGAGGCUUCGGAGGAUUCGGUGGACAACAGGGAGGACGUGGAGGAUUCUAA